UUCCGCCGUAAUCUUCUUUGUUGCUCCGCGGAGCUCGCGAUUUCAACUGUCACACGAGUUCUGCUUCCGGACGCUCCCCCGUCCUCCAAAUUGGGAGGUGGCGAGAACGAAGAAGGCAUCUCCAUUGUUGUUCUAUGAUCAAUACCUCUUCGCUCCCUUGUUUGCUCUCGAGAGCAGACCUUUUCAUGGCGGAUUAGUCCUGUCGCUUGUCAUUUUCCUUCGGUUCGGUAUCGACCGGCCGCGGAGGGCGAGACGUGGGGUUGUCGCAUGGCAGCGGUGGAGGAAGCUGAUGCCGUCGCCGGCGGCGGCCGCGGGCGCCUCCAGAACUUCACUCUGUAUGCGGCUCGAUCGAUGUUUUUUGUAGUCGGAAGCGACGAAAGCAGGAAACAGUGGAGAGUUCUGAAGAUUGAUAGGUCGCAACCUUCUGAGUUGAACAUCUAUGAGGAUCCCAUCACAUACUCGAAAAGUGAAUGCAAAUGUUUGCUGGAGCAAUUAGAUCAUGAGAACAAUGUAACUGGUGGACUCAACAAGAUCACUGUGUGCUAUGGGAUUGUUGGGUUUGUCAAGUUCUUGGGCCCUUACUACAUGUUGCUCAUCACUGGGAGGAAGAAGAUUGGUGCCAUCUGUGGCCAUGCCAUCUAUGCUGUCACCAGAAGCCAAAUGAUUUCACUUUCAGAUUCUGCUCAAAGCUCCUACCUGCCCUUUGUUGGGGCUGAAUACAGAUACAAGAGGCUGUUACGCGCAGUGGAUCUGACAAAGGACUUCUUCUUCAGUUACUCCUACAACAUAAUGUGCAGUCUUCAGAAGAACAUGUGUGAUGGUGUGCCAGAGGAAGCUCUAUAUGAGACCAUGUUCGUCUGGAACGAGUUCUUGAGUUGCGGUAUCCGCAAUCAUCUCAAGAACACCGCGUGGACUGUUGCAUUGGUACAUGGAUCUUUCAAGCAGGGCAAACUUUCUCUUGCCGGCAAAGAUUUCACAUUCACUCUCAUUGCCCGACGAUCUCGACAUUUUGCUGGCACCAGGUACCUGAGACGCGGUGUCGACGAGAAGGGAAGAGUGGCUAAUGAUGUUGAGACGGAACAAAUUGUGUUCUGCGAUCAACCCGAUGAGAUUCCCAGAGAAAUAACAUCUGUUGUGCAGAACAGAGGAUCCAUACCUCUGUUCUGGUCUCAGGGAACGCGAAGACUAGGAUUUAAGCCCGAUAUCAUCUUGGAGAAGAAGGACGAUAACUUCGAGGCGACACGGCUUCAUUUUGAGAACCUUGUGAACAGAUACGAGAACCCCAUCAUCGUCUUGAACAUGAUCAAGAAGCAAGAGAAGAAACCUCGAGAAUCAUUGCUCACCGAAAAGCUUGUCGAUGCAAUAAAUCAUAUAAACAAGGAUUUGCCGGAAUCGGAUCGGUUGAUAUACUUCCACUGUGACUUGCAAAGUAUCUGCCGAAGAAGAAGCACAGAAGCAUUGGCAUUGUUGUGCAAAGUGGCAGCAUGCGCAAUGGAUCUAACCGGCUUCUUUCACUGUCGACGAACGCCAACCAUGGAUGAUGCUCUCAACUGGCUUAGCCUUCUGAACGACGGCUCCGAACAGAGCUCUGAUAUCUCGCAGAGUGCGUCUUCUUCACGCAGAACCCAACAGGAUGGGAAUGGCUUGGCUACACCACAGAGGAGACAGAAAGGUGUCCUCAGAACAAAUUGCAUAGACUGCUUGGAUCGCACCAAUGCUGCUCAGAUUGCAUAUGGUUUGACUGCUCUUGGUCAUCAGCUGCAUGCAUUGGGGAUUAAAGAUGUCCCAGAGGUUGAUCUAGAAGACCCAUUGGCUGAUGAUCUGAUGAACUUUUAUCGCGAAAUGGGAGACAGACUUGCUCUACAAUAUGUUGGUUCUGCAGCUCAUGACAAGAUACCUUACAAGAACAAUGGCAGAUGGGUGCCAUUAACACUAUGGCCAGGGUUACAGAGGAAUCUUCAAAGAUAUUAUAGCCAUGCCUUCAUGGAUGCCAGGAAACAGGAGGCCAUCAACUUGUUCCUAGGGCACAUUGUACCCUGGCAGGAUAAACCAGAGCUUUGUGAUUUGGAUUCGGAUCAGCAUCAUGAUGUAGGGAGAUCACAUUUCAGAAAAUCCCUAUCAGUUGGCAAUGUCACAUGUGAAGUCAACAAAGAUGAAUCUAAUACUGAUGUAAGGAUAAGAAGAAAUGUGAUCUCAGAGCUGCUUUCAUAUAUGGAUCUAGAUGAGACUGACAUGCCAUAUUCUAGACCAUUGUUAAAAAGAUUCCUAUCAGAUAGCAGCAUCCAACAUGAAGUCCACACAUAUGCAUCUGUUUGUGAUGCUACAACAAGCAAUCAUGUGAUCUCAGAACUGCCUUCAACCAUGCCCCUCAAUGGUAGUGAUUUAUCAUCUUCCAGGGAGAUGCGUUUGAUGGGCAGAUUUACCAAUCUUGGCCAAUAUUUUGCUAACUUAGAAGAAUGGCUUGCUUGGGUAGGGACACUCUGUUCUAGAUGACCAGAUACUCAAUUUGCUUUGCAGAGGAAAAGGCACUGGUAUUGAUGUCAAUAAGCCCCAACUCCAUUGGAGAAUGUACAUAUGUUGACAAAAACUGUUGCAUGAAUUAGUACUAGUAUUGAACAUGAAAUUUCUAUGGCAGUAAGCUCCUGUGAUAUACUAUCUUAAAGUAGAUUGUUGAUAUGUGCCAACAUGAAAUAAAAAGUCUUGCUGUGACAGAUGAUUUCCUUCUCUGCAAUGGGUUUUAGUAGAGCUUUCAAACAAAUCCGUCUUGUUUGAGUUUAGCAUCACUCGGAUGAUGAGAAAAAGUUGGCAUUUAGCAUCUCAUGAUCAGGGAAGUUGAGCAUCUUUGAUCCCCAA